AAAAUUCUGCGAAAUCUGUUAAAAAGAAAACAAAAAGAAAUCGAAGGACAGAUCAGCCUGAGAAGCUUCUUCAUCCUCAAUACUCCGAUUCCACGGCCCAAUCUCGCAUCAAUUCACCGCCAGCUGAUCGAUUUUUCUCGUUCCGAUCAGUUAAAAUUAGGGCUUUUUGAUAAUUUCCGAUCCGAUCCACGCUCCUUAAAAAUUGGUGAUGAAAGUCGAAUGAAGAGAUAUGGAUCUUAUCGUAGAGACUUGCGUCGCGUAGUCUCUGAGACAAUUGCUGAUGGAAAGAGAAACGGUGCCAAGUUCGUCGGAGAAGCUGAGAAGAAGCGAUUUAGAAGAAGAUGUGAAGAUUAUCGAGUGGGAAGAGUUCGACCAUGAGCUCACGCGGCUAUGGAGUCUUUCCUCUGCUCUCAAGUUAGCCACAGAGAAGAAGCUUACCCUUCAGCCCAAACUCGAGUCCCUUAUUCAGGUUAGUGCUGAUUCAUUGAGACGCAUUAAUGAGCUUGAAGAGAUGCGUCAGCGGCUAGAAGCAAGAAAGAUGCUUGUGGACAAGACAUCAGCUGCUUGUAAAGUCACUGAGCAGGAUGUUAAAGUGAAAGAGGAUAGUCUCAGUGCAGAGGUGAGAUCUUUGCUAGUUGGUGGCACUACCCUUUCAAUCGCUAAAAGCAAGUUGCAGGAGUCGAACUGCCAACUAGAAGGAGAGAGUGGUUAUACUAAUCUGAAGAUUGUAACGAAUAAGCUGAGAAAGAGGCAACAGUAUAUGGUAUCCCAAGUUUCAUUUAUCUAUCCCUUGAAGAUUGUGGCUGGACCUUCUCAAGACCAAGAACUGGAGUCACUUCCAGGUGGCAGUAGAUUAGGAACUAAGCCAGUGAGUCAAGGAUCAGUGAGAAUUCUUGGGUUGCCUUUUAGUAUGGCCCCGUUUACGAAGAUGAGUUUCUUCACUGACAAGAAAGAAGUUCAGAAGUCGGCAACUGCCCUAGGAUAUGUAGCUCAUGCUGUGUCUCUCUUAGCUCCCUACUUGGGAGUGCCUAUUCGUUAUCCAUUGCGCUUAGGUGGUUCCAAAACGUAUAUUCGAGACUAUGCGCCUUACCUUGAGCCUUCGUCAUCAGACAUGUCUGCGAUUUCCACUCUUUCAAACUCUAAGUUUGUAGAAUUCCCUCUGUUUUUGGAUGGGCAAGAUACAACUAGAGCUGCCUACGCUGUCUUUUUAUUGAAUAAGAACAUCGAGCAACUCCUGAACUUUGUUGGGGAAAACAGUCUAGGACCACGUCAGGUUCUAGCUAACCUGAAGGAGCUAAUCCGAAUCAUUCAGUCACCAGAUUAUAUACAUUCUUGAUGGAUGGAUGGAUGGAUGGAUGGUGAAGAUAACCAAUACUGUUUUUUCUUCCUGUAGAUGGAUCCAACUACUUCUCACACAGCUUCAGUGUCUUUUUUUUUUUUCUUCUCAAAAGUGGCCAGUUUUUGGGGAUAAAAGGUCAGGUUUUGUACUCAUUGUAGAACUCUUAGACAUGGAAAUACUCUUUAGAAUGAGACUUGUGUCUGUAAGUGUGAUGCUUUUCCUGGUUUGGAGAUAGUAAAAGAAUGUCUAGUUCUUCUAAGUUCUAACAGAUGUAUUGUUUUUGCUUUUUGAAAUAUGUAUUACCAUCCAAGUUAAUAAGGAGCCUCUUGUUUUU